AUGGCUACUUCCUUCUUGCAGAGCUCUUCUUCUACCUACGCUGGUGGCUUUGGGGGUAGUGGAAGCAGUGGCUCUCGCCUUUCCUCAGUCCGAACAGGAGGAAUCUGCCGAGCUCCAAGCAUACAUGGAGGAUCUGGUGGCAGGGGUGUCUCCAUCUCUUCAGCUAGGUAUGUCUCCUCUGUAGGAGGUGGAUACGGUGGUGGCUUGUCUUCUGGAUUUGGCAGUAGUUAUGGAGGAGGCUACAGUGGCUUUGGUGGUGGUGCAGCCUGUGGCUUUGGUGGUGGAGCUGGCUUUGGUGGAGGGGCUGGCUUUGGAGGAGGUUUUGGUGGUGGUGAUGGCCUCCUCUCUGGAAAUGAAAAGAUAACUAUGCAGAAUCUGAAUGACCGUCUGGCUUCGUACCUGGACAAGGUACGAGCACUGGAAGAGGCAAAUUCAGAUUUAGAAGUUAAAAUCCGAGACUGGUAUCAGAAGCAGGCACCCACCAGCCCAGCCCGGGACUACAGUAAUUAUUACAAGAUCAUUGAAGAUCUCCGAGAUAAGAUCCUUGCAGCUACUAUUGACAAUUCCAGAGUCAUUUUGGAGAUUGACAAUGCCAGGCUGGCUGCAGAUGACUUCAGACUGAAAUACGAGAAUGAGCUGUUCCUGCGCCAGAGCGUAGAGUCCGACAUCAACGGCCUGCGCAGAGUCCUGGAUGAGCUGACUCUGUCCAGAGCUGACCUGGAGAUGCAGAUUGAAACACUGAAGGAGGAGCUGGCCUACCUCAAGAAGAACCAUGAGGAGGAAAUGAAAGAGUAUUCAAAUCAGCUAAGUGGAACGGUCAACGUGGAAAUGGAUGCAGCUCCUGGCAUCGACCUGACCAGAAUUCUCUCUGAGAUGAGGGAGCAGUAUGAAGCUCUGGCUGAGAAGAACCGUAAAGAUGCCGAGGCCUGGUUCUUCACUCAGACUGAUGAGCUGAACCGUGAAGUAGCCACCCAUACAGAACAGAUACAGACUGGCAAAUCGGAGAUCACGGAACUGAGACGCACGGUCCAGGGUCUGGAGAUUGAGCUCCAGUCGCAACUCAGCAUGAAAGCUGGACUGGAAGCCAAUUUGCGAGAUACAGAAGGACGAUACUGUGCACAGCUGGCACAGAUUCAGGCCCUCAUCACCAGUGUUGAGGAGCAAUUGAGUGAACUUCGAUGCGACAUGGAGCGUCAGAACCAGGAGUACAGAAUGCUCAUGGACAUCAAAAGUCGCCUGGAGCAGGAAAUCGCCACGUACCGCCAGUUGCUGGAGGGCCAGGAUUCUCAGAUGUCAGGAGUGAACCCUAAGGAUGCAUCUCUGAGCAGUGGAAGAGUUCGUGUGGGCGUGGAAGAUGAUGGAAAAUCUGCUUCUACUCGUGAAAGGAGAUUCUAA